AUGAUUGACUGGACUCUUGUUAAAGCUCUUGCCAUACCAAAUGUUGGGGGAUGGGCGAGUGCUCUGACUAUGGCUGGUCAAGUUCGAAGCCCUAGUGGCAAAGCUUGGUAUGACCAUCUAAAAAAGCCAACAUGGAACCCUCCAAAGUGGGUGUUUGGACCAGCAUGGACUGUCCUGUAUACAGGAAUGGGCUACGCCUCAUACAUUGUCUAUGAAGAUUGUGGAGGUUUUACAGAGAAUGCAUUGGUACCUCUAAGUUUAUUUGGAACACAACUUAUUUUCAACUGGACAUGGUCGCCGAUCUUCUUCAAGUUCCACAAAAUUGGAUUGGCGUUCAUCCACAUGAUAGCUCUGGAUGUUGCUGCAGGAGCAUGUACCAUAAGUUUUUUCAAUGUGAACAAGAAAACUCUUUACUUUAUGGCCCCAUACAUGUGCUGGCUCACAUUUGCCUCCUUCCUUAACUACACAAUCUGGAAGUUGAAUCCCGAUGUACCUAAAGACCCUAACAAUAAAGAUGAUUAA